ACUGUUGAGAUGGGUCUGAAGGGGGCAUGGUGUUUCCCAUGGUGCGGGUGCCGAAGACGGCGGGGGACUGAAAGAGGUGCAGGCCUGGGUCCUGCUGCCCCUCCAGAUCCCAGCCCAGCAACAGCCCCCACUGUGGCUGAGGGAGGGAUACCCUUAUCGGAGGCUGGUGCCUACUUCAGCAGGAAAGCCCGGCUCUCCUUCCGCCACCAGCUGCAUGAUAUAGCAUCAGCCAAUGACUCCACUAUUUGAAAAGGACAACCAAGGGCUGAAACUCCAGGAAGGCUUGGCAACCUUCCUUCCCUAUAUUUCUGUGAUCCCAUUGUCUGGUUCCCUGGGUCCCUCAUAACCCUUUCAUUAAAUACCUUCAGAGUUGC